GAACAGAGAGCUGCACCUCGAUCAGUGAGUACUAAUGUCUUCUCUCUCGCUGUGAAGUUAAUGUUUUCUAUUUCAUGUUUACACUUUAACUUCUGAGGUAUGUCUCCCAGAGUAGAAAUCAUGUUCCCUUUGUGUGUUUUUGCUUUACUGAUGACCUCUUUGUUUUAUAAAGAGGUGGUGUGUGUCUCCCUCCAUAUGAACCGAGCAGCCUCUGUACUAACAUGUGGCUGUGGGCGUUGCUCCCCGUCUGCCUGGCUGUCUUUGGCACUGUGGGCGUCUGGACUGUGUUCGCUGUCGCCGUAACAAAUGGAUCAGUCAACCUCACAGAAGGAGUCCCUUUCAUCAGUCAGUGUGGCACUUACGCACCUCAGAGCUGUCUUUUCUCCCAGAUCUGCAACAUCUGCUCUUUUUUAGCCCUGUGGAUUGUGGUGAUCCGUUUCCAGCAGGUUCGGGACUAUGGGAACCAUGGAAAGGUCAACACAGCCAGCAUUGUUUUGGGAUUCAUCUCCUCUCUAGGAACCUCCAUCAUUGGUAACUUCCAGCAAUCAGUCUUAAUGAGGAUUCACCUUUUGGGAGCGUUCCUGGCUUUCUUCCUUGGCCUGGCCUACUUCUGGGUACAGCUGUUUCUAACCUGCAGGGCUCCGCCGUCUCAGGACCGAUGGUGGCUCGUGCCUGUCAGGGCGGCUUGCUGCAUCUUCUGCACCAUCCUGGUCGUCCUGAUGGUUGUUUUCCACAAUACAGGCUCUCCCUCUGAGGCUGCUGUGUGUGAAUGGGCCUUGGUCAUGUUGUUCUUCUGCCUGUUUGGCCUUUUUGCAGCUGAGUUCAGACACAUCGACUGUCACCUCACUGUACAGAAACUACCUCUUGGGAACGCCUCGGUAGAAAUGAACAAUUCUGUUGCAGAUGCACUCUGAAAACAAACAUGUAUAAUUACGUACAAGUGCACGUGGUUUAAAAACAACAAUCUUAUACCUACAGUUGUUAGUUUGUCUUUAAUGUACACAUUCAAUUACUGUAUAAACGAUCUGAUAUUGCUAUACUUUAUGAUAUAUUUUUGUCAUUUUGAAAGAGCUGUAUAUUUAAAUCUAAUAAUCUAAUAAAUAUUUAACAAAAACUGCAUUUGCCAACACUGCCAACUCUCUAAUCAACUAUGUGCCCCCAAGAA